GGGAGGGCGUGCAAAUCGGGAAAUGACGGCGGCGAUGGUGCUGAACGUAGGCGGAUCGGCGGCGGAGAGAGACGCCAGGUUGGCGCAUUACGCGAUGGCGUUUGUUCAGCUGUUUAACGGAGGGUACCAUGUGAUUACGAAAGUGGCUCUCAACGUUGGAGUCAACCAGCUUGUCUUCUGCGUCUGCCGUGAUCUUCUUGCUCUCUCUAUUCUCGCUCCUCUAGCCUAUUUCCGCGAAAGUUCCCCUGAUAACCUAUCCUUGGUUUUAAAUGGCGCACCAUGGAGAUGAGCAAAACGUUUUAUGCCUCUAUGGUGAAGCAACCUCCAUAAAGCGCUGGCCAUGGUCAUGGCGCUUUUGACUCAAGUUCAAGACGCCAUAGGCGCAACAAGGCGAAAGCCUUAUAGUUUCUUGGUGGGUAAGGAGGACCAGGCCUCCGAUGACUAGAAGCCUUCUCUUGUCAUUCUUCUUUUUGGGCUUAUCAGGGGUGUUUGGCAACCAACUGUUGUUUCUUGUCGGUCUUACAUACACUAAUCCAACUUACGCUGCUGCCAUUCAACCAUCCAUCCCGGUCUUUACCUUUCUUUUGGCUGUAAUGAUGGGUACAGAAAGAGUUAACUUGAUGAGAAUCGAAGGUCAAACUAAGGUUGGAGGAACUCUUGUGUGUGUUUUGGGUGCCGUAUUUAUGGUAUUAUUUAGAGGUCCGGUCUUGUUAGGAGAUAAAGAUGCAGACUUUGCGAUGCACAAUGAAAUCAGCGCUAAAGGCCAACCUGAGCCUACAGGGUGGUUAGUCACUGGCUUUCUCGACCUUGGGUUUGAGCAGUGGCACAUUGGUGUUUUAUGCUUGAUUGGAAACUGCAUGUGUAUGGCUACUUUUAUUGCUAUUCAGGCGCCGGUUUUGAAGAAGUAUCCAGCAAAUCUUUCGGUUGCUGCAUUGUCAUACUUCUCCGGUACAGUACUAAUGGUCACAACAGCUUUCUUCAUGGUGAAGGAGCCAUUAGAUUGGAAGCUAACACAAGCUGAAGUUCUCGCUGUUAUAUAUGCAGGAGUUGUUGCGUCAGCACUAAACUUUGGAAUGUUGACGUGGUCCAAUAAGAUAAUUGGUCCUGCCUUGGUUUCUCUCUACAAUCCACUUCAGCCUGCUGCAUCAGCUUUCCUGUCGAGAAUCUUUCUCGGUAGCCCUAUCUUUCUCGGAAGUGUUGUGGGUGGGUUCUUCAUCAUCUUAGGACUCUACAUGGUCACAUGGGCAUCGUUUAGAGAGCGGAAAGCAAUGGCUUCCGGGAUUGCGAUACCGUCUCAUACUGCAAGAACCUCGGAGCCUCUGAAGAAGAACCCAGUUGUUAGCAGAAUAGGGCAGUUGUUUUCUGGAUUAGCCAGCUCCUCUAUGAAAUCUGCAGACUAAAAAAAAGAAACCAUAAAGUUAAAAGAAUCAGAGCAGAACCCAUUUUACAAAAGAUUUUUAACUUUAUUUUUGUUACAUUCAUCUCAUAUUAAUACCUUAUUUGAUUCCCUCUAUGUUAUGUAUAAAUCAUAGAUUCACAAUGUUUACUCCAAUGCUACUAUCUUUUCUUCUUC